AUGUGGCUUUUUGAUGAAGGCAAGGGAAAUAUCGCGACAGAUGAGACCGGAGGUGGACUGGAUGGUGAGUUUGAAGGUAAGCCGAAAUGGGUUAAGGGCCAGUUUGGGCAAGCACUUGAAUUUGAUGGUAAAGGUGCUUACGUUCAGAUCCCCGGUCAUGAUAACCCAACUAAAGCGAUCACGGUCUCAGCUUGGGCAAAGAGCCCAGGCGAUACUUGGAACCAGCAUGGCUGGAUGGUUGAAAAGCGGAACGCCUAUAUCAUUCAUCCCAACCAAGGAACGAAAAAUGUAGCGUGGCCGGUUUGUAAUGGGGGCUGCUGGAAUAAACCCGGCGGUUGGAAUGAUGGUAACGUUGGUCCCAAAGAUAUUACCGACUGGCACAUGUACACCGCCACUUUUGAUAGUAAGACCGGUAAGUGGGCCAUCUAUAUUGAUGCGGAAGAAGCGAGCACAUUAGAUUUGGCUAAGAAUCCUAUUGAUGCUGAUAGCGGUCCCGUCAAUAUCGGAUUUGACGAUUGCUGCGGUGGUGCUCGAUUUGGUGCAGUCACUAUCGACGAGGUUGUAAUCUUUGAUGUCGCUUUGGAGCAAGCGGACAUUGAAACGAUGUUGGACGGUAUGCAUGCAGCCUUAGGGGUUGAUCCUACUGACAAAAUGACGACCACUUGGGCGGAAGUGAAAGUCAAGUACUAG